CCCCACCGCCCCGGCCGCGGGCACGCAGGCGCCGUCCAGGUCAGCGAGCACUGCAAGAGAUCCGCAUGUACCAGAGCAGUACCCGCCUGCUUCUGCGCCCCGGCCCCUUUGCCCGUGUGGUGCGGGAGCUCUGCCUACUCUUCACCCGCGGGGUUGAUUACCGCUGGCAGCGCAUGGCCCUGCUGGCGCUGCAGGAGGCAGCAGAGGCCUUCAUCGUGCGGCUGCUGGAAGACGCGUACCUGUGCUCACUGCACGCCCGUCGAGUCACCCUGUUCCCCAAAGAUCUGCAGCUGGCUCGGCGUCUGCGGGGAGUGGAGGGGGGUGGCAUCUGAAUGGAGACCCCCCUGAGCCCUUGCACAGAGGCUUAACCCCCCCAGACCCCUGUACCAGGAUUCCCACCCUGGGACUCUCUCCUGACAAUCUCACACCUCUAAUCUUACUGGGAUCUCCUUUGGGACCAUCAUGCUUGGACCCACCCCCAUGGGGUCUCCCAAACUGAGGCCCUGUCCUGACAUGCCUCAUCAGAUUUGGGAUCCACCUCCCCAGGAACUGCCACGUGGACCCACCCCACAGACUCCCCCCUAUUGGACCCCCACCUCAGGAUCCAAAUCAACCCCUUCCAGGACCCAUCCCAGGGUGGAGGUUUCCUUCCUUAGUCCAGCAUCCCCCAGAUUAUUGAGGACCCCUACCCAUGGUCCCCUGGGACCUCCUCACCAGAAUACUAGUUCUGGGGGAACUACCCAGGACCUCCACCGUACUGGAGACCCAGUUCUGCUGCACCCCAAUAAAUGAAUAAAUGUUUGUGA